ACAUCCAAAGUUGACCAGCAGUGCAAGCGCAGAACCAUCGCGAGCUCCCUCUGGCUGUCUGUCUGUGUCUCUUGAAGAAGAUGACUCGAGAACUCACCAACCCUUCAUCAUCGGCAACGGCAACGAGAACGGUCGGAAGAAGGUUUAGAGCGAGUCCAUCGAACCGGCGGAUGGGAAUCCAGGCAGAGGCUGCAAACGAGGUCAUACCAGAAAACCACCAGGAGACAACACCACCACCACUGCUACAGGUCACCCUCAUCGCAAUCCAAUCCAUCUGGUCAUCAUCCUCAUCAGCAUCAGUAUCCACGUCUGAAUCAGUCAACAAUGACUAUCUGACCGGCUUCCUACACCAGCUCAUCCGGCGAUCAAGAACCAAUCACAACACGCUCAAACUGGCGCUCUUCUACAUCCACCAGGCAAGGAAACCACUCAGACAUCACAUCUCCACCACCACCACCGCCACCACCACCAAUCAUCUCGCACUCAGGGAUCCGAUUCUCUCGGGCAGGAAGAUGUUCCUGGCUGGCUUGAUGAUUGCCAGCAAGUAUCUCCUCGAUCGAAAUUACUCCAACCGAGCGUGGGCAAAAAUCGCAGGACUGCCGAUCGAGGAGGUCAAUACCAACGAACGAGUGUUCCUCUCACUCAUAGACUAUCGUACCCAUCUCGAUCUGGAUGACUUUGAAGUUUGGUCAUUCCGAUUACAGAAACUGAUGAACGAGAAGAGGAUAAAGUCAGGGACCAGUCCCCACCUGGUCAACGACCAUCGAUCCGAAUUGGAUGACCGAUCCUCAAUCAGCAGAGCUCCACCCACCUCGACCGUCUCCAGCUUACCCAGCUCGCACUCCUCCCCACAUCGAAGUACCAUCACCUCGAGCUCUUCACGACGUCAGAGCGCUGCCUCAGCCAUCAGUCACCCAACACCCUCCCUCAAGCACAGCUCACCCACCAAGCCGCAACCGGGCUCGGUCCGUCAGCCACCCAGUCUCGAUCUCCAUACUCCGAUCCGCCAGCAAACCCUCUCCUCGGACGCCCGCAAUGGCUUUGCAACCGCACCCUCCCGGAUCAACCCCCGAUCGGCGGACGAAGGCUUCCCUCCGGCGAGGAGCCACCAAGCCACCUCCCAUCUCACCACCCCCAUCCGCCAGCAGACCCUCCCAGCAGCGCUCUCCAAGUCCAUCCUCUCCACCGCCCCUGCUCACUUCAAACCAGCCACUUCUACCCACCGCACCUCGCUCUGUGAACCUAGUACUCCAGCUCACCAGAGCACCACUCCAGUUCGCCGAAGCACCGAGCCAACUCGCCAGAUCACCACUCCCGCUCGGCGGAACUCAGAAUUCAACACUCCAAUCCGACAACAACAGAACCAGCAUCCGCUGCUCUCUCAUCCUGACAAGCCCCCCACGACCCAUCAACUUGCCCAAUCUUGUCUGAGGGCUGAAGUCACCACUCCAGCACGACGGGAAAGGAUGACCCCGACCCCAAUCUUAUCCAGGCCGUCCCUCUCUGCUGCUCUUUCGGAUAUGAGCAUCAGGCCAGCUGUCUAUGCUACCCCCGCCCUCUCUAACCUCGGGUCGAGUGCUGUCAAUCCACCGAUCCUCAUGUCACCCUCGCUCCGCGCGUAUCAACAGCCUGCUCUAGGGGGGUUGAGCUCAUCGAGGCGUAGCGAAAUCAUCGCAAGUUCCAAGUCCGACGUGGCCUCGGCCGUUGGGCCUCCCAAGAGAUCAGCGAUCGCGCUCGAAAACAUCACCCCGGCCGAUGUUGUCAAAGCUGAACAGGACUUGAUGGAAAAAGUGGCACAGGAGAAACGAUUGCUGGCUCGGCAGCAGGAAACACGUCGUCCUACCCCUUCAUCAUCAUCAGUCUCGGCCCAGCCAUCGGAUCAUCAGCAUCAACAGAAGCUGAUCGACCAACAACUCGCUCAUGAGCGCAGAAUGAGGGACGAGGAGAAGAAAGAGCAUCUUCGCCUGUUACUGGCCGAGAAGAACAGGAAGCAACAUUAUCCACUGCAGCCGGCGCUUGAGUUGGGUCAGGAGCGCUGGAAUCGGGCCGGUUCGAUCGUCUCCAGCCUUGAUCGACCCCGGGCGGAUCAUCCCUCAAUACCAUCCAAUCGUCGACAGACCGAGCCCAGCCACCUCCCCUCCUUCGAUCAUUCGUACAGUCGUGAGCGUGAUGAGCACCUGGGACAGGUAGAAGAAUCCAGUGACAGCGAACAGAGCAGUAGUUCGGAUGACCAGCUUUCGGAUGGGCUGGGAUAUCAGGCUAGGACUAGUGGAGAGAUGUCCUUCGUCCAGGACAGAUUGUACGGCCGUCCUUCGCUCGAAGAAGCCGUCAUUGGUAACAGUGACUUCCGUCAACCUCACCUGCCACAGACCAGACAGCCUCCGCUUUCUAUGAGGACAGACUCAUGUUAUGGCAAAGAUGAUGGCCAGAAGGGUCGCGACAAAUACAAUGGCGAAGGCCCGAGUCAGGCUGGACUGCGUAAACCCCUGGAACGGAACAGACCUCCUCACGACCAAGAACCUCUUGACGGCCGAUCACUGUUGUCUUCCGACUCUUCUGGCAAUCAGCCCUCGCUCACAAUGAGCCACUACAUCGACUCGGCAGCACAUCAACACCGGAGCCCGGCGAGUGCCCACGCUCGAUUGACGAGCAGUGGAACCCGAGGGAUGACAACACCGAGUUCGAGUGGCAUGAACGGCUAUAGCGGCUACCGUCGCCAGCCGACCUAUCGCGGCGUCACCCCGCCCCUCAUUUCCGCCCGUCCACUCCAGUCAUGUGGCCUGCAGGAGAGCCACCACCAGGCCCUCUCUACCACCGCCCGGGCAUCUAGCUCCCGCCAGUUCGUCGAGCGCCGCAACGAUCCUCUAGCUUCCUCCCGGCCCCCGCCCGCGCUUCAUGCACGACAAUCCUCCGUCUGUGCCGACGAUCCGGUCGGCUUCCCCCAUGGUCCCCGUCACCCUACAUCUCGUCCUGCCAUCCUUUCUCACCACCAGAAUCGCUCAUUCUCCGACCAUGACAUCCGUCCUAACCCUACAUCUUCCCUCCGGACCCCUUCUUCUUCUCUCAUCACUAACACCCUCACCCGACCUCCCUCCGCUUCCGCUUCUUCUUCUUCCUCCUCAUCAUCAUCUCGUCAGCCACUCGACUUCCCCUACCAUCCACUCCAUCAUAAUCACCAUCACCAUCAUCUCUAUCCUUCUUAUUAUGGCCUCAACGUUAAUCAUGUUGCUGCCAGACCGGUUUAUUAACUUACUAUUUCUUCUCUCUCUCCCAUCCCCGGCUGUUCUACUGAUGAAAUUUUUCUUGCACCCCCCCCCGGCCCUGCUCUGACUAUCCUUUCUAGUCGCUCCGUCUCCGGGUGGUUUUUAUAUACCAGUCUCUUCUUUUCUUCUCCAUACAAAUUGACAUCUUCUACCAGUCUCUUACUUUCUUCUCUAAACAAAUUGACAUCUUCUUUUUUUCUUGCAUAGGUGCCAAGAAGAAGUUUUUGUCUGUAUUUUAGUAUUUUUGUGUUUAUAUUUAAGUGUAUGUCUUUUAUAUAAAUAUAAACAUAUAUAUAAAUACAUGUAUAAUACUGUGGAUUGAUAUGUUUUUCUUUUCUAUCUGUUUCCCACCCCCUGCUCUCUCCUGAUCCUCUCCCCUUCCUCUUCUUCUUCCUCUUCUUGGCUUUAUCUCUAGGGUGGUUUCUAUAGGGGAACUCUUGGAGGAUCUAAUCAAAAUCAAGCAAACAAGCAAGCAAGAAAAAAAAAAAGCAAACAAGCACAAAAGAUGAAGGUUUUUUCAGUUCUUUGGUUUUUUGUAUCAGAUUCAGUUUUUUUUAUCAGCCUUUUAUCUUUUAACUUUUUUUUUUGUUGACUUGCUUAAAACUUAUACCUCCAUAUACAUAGAUGCUUAUAUUCACUUGACACCCAUAUGAACACACACACAGACAGACAACAGACAUGUUUAUUUAGUAUACUUGGGUUACAUUCUUUCAGUCAUUCUCACACCUCAAUCAAUCAAUCAAUCAAUCAAUCAAUCAAUCAAUCAAGAAGAACCAAAAAAAACUAUAAAACAAGAUUGAUUCUCAACUCUUUCUUUAUCUACGCAAUUCAGAUAGCAUGGAAAUAUCUUGGGAUUCAUGCAUCAAUAAAUCAAAUUAAAAGAAGA